GACUUAACAAACCAGAGCUGAAAGUAUAGUACAUUAUGUAGUUGCUACUUUGCACCAAAAGAUGGCAGACAUCUGCAAUCAUUGGGAUAAAAGUCAGCAAUGUUGCUUGUUUUGCGAUUUGGCGCUUAAACGGUAAAUUAUACCCCCCCACCCACACACACUCAUUUAGUAAAUCUAUAGUAUUAAGUGAAUUCUGUAAAUCUAUAUUUUAAAGUUUUUAUUGUUUUGUUCCUUUGAAAGUAUUUGAAUCUUGAGUUUAAAAAAUAUUUCUUAAAUUAUUGAGCUACUCUUACAUGAUUACUAGGAGGAAGGCAAAAUAUUUGCACACUACAGAGCAGUUUUGUUAAACUGGAAAACACCAUAAUACACAUAACCUUCAAAACAUCCUAAUUAUUUUUCCUUUAUCUACCCCAAGGUUUCAAAAUUUCAUAUACAGCUCAACGGUUGUGUACUAUAAUCAAGUCAAGUACUCUUCUCCGUGAAAUGAAAAUAGCCCAAAGAUGGCUUGAUCCUGCAAUGUGUUGUGCACACUAGAAAAUCUUGAUGGGGCGGUCGGCUUGAAAGCGGUUUUGACUGCAAGAGUGAGAGGGCUUGAAGUAAAGCCAACAGGAGAAGAGGAAGGGCCAUAAACAGCUGCCCCCGUCUCCCCAAUGCAGAAACAGCAAGAGGAUCUCGAUGGAGCAGGAGGGCGGAUGACAGGAGGGUCCCUGCGUGAGUGUAGCAGAGAGCUUCUUCAUUGAGAGUUUUCAGAAACGGAGGAAGGUGCUGGCAAGUGGAAUGGGAGAAGGGAGGUGCUGAGUGUUCGCCCGCAUGCUUUGAGAGUGAGGAAAGUCGGACUGUGAGAGGAAUGGGAUGAGUGUGAGAGGAGAAGGGGAGAAAAAGUAGCAGUUGACAGAAGGAGUAGUAAGAGGAGAAGCAAUAAGAAAAGUAGGAGUCAGCGGAAGGUUGGAUCAUGUUGGGGAAGUGGACUUGGACAUGAAUCUUUGAAAGGUUCUCUUCAGUUAUACUUCAGAGGGUAACAGAAUUAUUGAUUAGGGCCACAAAAGCUGCGAGCAUGGGCUGCAUUCACAGCCUGGCCAGUAGAAGGAUUAAGGACCACCAGGAUGAGAACAAAGGGACAGCUAUAAAGACAGACCCUGAGGUACUCCCUGAGAUCCUGCUGCUUGCCGAGCGAUACAAAGCAGCGGGCCAUGCCUUCACAGAGAAGAGUUUCAAGAGGGGACGCACGUGUGACGUCUGCCAGCAGACCUUAGAAAACACUGCUGCUUUCUGCAAGGAAUGCAAGGUGGCAGUUCACAAAGCGUGUGAAGACAAGGUGUCUACCACCUGUACCUCAACACAAGACCAGUACAAUUCCAUAAAAUCUGCAUCACUGAAGAAAAGAAGCUCCAUGCCGAGAAGUAAAAGUGAAGAGCAAGUAAUGGAGCAGGUGAUGGAGCGCCACUACGACAUCGACCUCACCUAUAUCACGGAGAGGAUCAUCUCGGUUUUCUUCAUGCCAGAACUUGAGGAACUGCGAUACCACAAGGAGCUACAGGAAAUGGCCACCAUGCUUAAAUCCAAGCAUCAAGACAAGUUCCUGCUUUUAAACUUAUCAGAGAAGCGACAUGACAUCACAAGACUCAUCCCAAAGGUUCAGGACUUCGGCUGGCCUGAUCUCCACGCUCCACCUUUGGACAGGAUCUGCACUGUAUGUAAAGCCAUGGAGACGUGGCUGAAUGCUGAUCCUAAUAAUGUAGCGGUUCUCCACUGUAAGGGAAACAAAGGGAAGACAGGUGUCAUUGUGGCAGCUUAUAUGCACUACAGCAAGAUAUCAGCAGGUGCAGACCAGGCGCUCACCACACUGGCCAUGAGAAAGUUUUGCGAGGAUAAGGUUUCUUCCUCUCUUCAGCCUUCUCAAAACAGGUACAUCUACUACUUUGGUGGUCUGCUGUCAGGUGCUAUAAAAAUGAAUAGCAGUCCUCUCUUCCUCCAUCAGAUUCUUAUACCAUCAACGCCCACUUUUCAAACAGGAGGUUACUUUCCAUUUCUGAAAAUCUACCAAUCACUACAGUUGAUCUACACCUCCUGUGUCUAUGACACACAGACCUCUAGGUCCAGGAAGCUGUGUGUGACGAUGGAACCAGCAUUAUUGUUAAAGGGGGACAUUAUGGUCAAGUGCUAUCAUCGACGCAGCCAAGCAGCAGAGAGAGAGGUAGUGUUCAGGAUCCAGUUUCACACGUGCACCAUUCAUGGUACCCAGCUGUGGUUUGGCAAGAAGGACCUUGAUGUAGCCUGCACAGAUGACAGGUUCCCUUGUGAUGCUGCAGUGGAGUUUAUCUUUUCUAGCAGGCCAGAAAAAAUAAAUGAAAACCAGAAGACAGACACUUCCAUCAAAGCAAACUUUGACAUCUCAGAUCCAGUGGUUAGAUGGGAUUCUUAUGAGAACUUAAACCUGCACCAUCAAGACAGCCCAGGAUAUAUUUCUCAUACAAGGGGCCCUCUUGAUGGCAGUCUCUACGCACAGGUGAGGAAACGACGAGGACCGGGCCUUACUUCUUCCCCCAAUGGAUGCCUCACCAGCAGCCCUACCGUGAGGCCGCAGAUUGCCCACCAGUCGCAGACUCUCACGGGCACUUUCAGUUGUGUCUCCUCUGAUCAGACUGAGAACCAUUUAGCCUGCUCCGCUCAUCUUGAAAGUGAUCCUACUGAAAGUCAAUUGGACAGAAAAGGAAGUGAAACAAAAGAGAAUAUACAAGAGAAAGAAAAGGACAAAGAGACCGAGGUUUUAGGAGAUGCAAAGCAGUCGAAUCCGGGUGGGUUACGUCGAGAACACUCGUAUUGUGGUCAAACAGGUAUAAAGUAUGGAGGUGCGGGGCGGCAAUGGGAGGAAAUGCCCUCCAUCUGUAAUAGUCACUGUGUUGGUUGCAGUAUCAACAGUAUCAAAAAACAUCCCAGAAGCCAAACUCUGCCAGCCAUACCUUCCAAAUCAGUGUCCCCACCUCCUCAUUUGAUGCAUAUGGAACUCUGCCAUCGUAAUACCGCCCAUCCUUUGGCGGAGUUAUCAUGGGAACAGCCAGCCCCAUCUGUACCUUGUCUCCACAGGCCAUGCUUCCCUUAUUCCGCUCCCGAACAUACACAUUCACAUGGCCAUACCCUUCCAGGUUCUAACAGACAUUACAUAGAUGAAUGCCAGGUCUUCCAUUUUGCUGGCCAACCUCCAACCUCGCAUCUUUCCCACCAAUCACUGCUCUCAAACCCUUACAGAGAGAUGUUCUUUGGCCCAUCAAACCAGUCUCCUGGAUGCCCUUGCCGAGAGUGCUCUAGCAGGCGAGAGCACCAGGCAGCCUCCCUCAGGACGUUACAUUCAACACAUCCAGUGGCAUUACAACGAACUGGAGAGGCAUUGUGGGAAACUAAAAACCCAUGGGAAGUGCCAAGAGAGGCUGACUUCUGGCACUGUAAAUCAACCGUACCACCAAUUCACAUCUGCCAUUCUGCCGCUUUGAAACAAGGUACAGAGCAGCCAAGGUUUGUCCUUGGACCUCACCAGAGUUAUCCCAGGGCUCCGCCUCUGAUGGACAUGCGGGAUGAAGCCAGCAGUGGAUAUCACACCCCGCCAUCUCUACGCCAGUCUUGCCCCUGCUCUCCUUAUCAACCAUCUCCUGUUGAGAGCCAUGGAAGUCGAGGGUAUGCCUCUGGUUAUCUCUCUGGGUCAGCCUCUCCUCUACCUGCCAGUAGCCCCUCUCCUGGAAGAGGGAGACUUCCAGAAACCCCUCCAGAAGCCAAAGAUCAGCAGCAGCAGGAGCACAUCAAUGUGAAAAGGUCCGCAUCUAGAACAGAGGCUGAUAUAUCCAAGGGUUCAGAGGGUAAACAUGACCGAUCAAGCACCCAGACUCUGGAUUCUGAUCAUGACUAUACAGUCAUUGGUGGCAGCAGCCCCACACACACAGAAGACAGUUCAAGUCAAGAUGCCUCAAUAUCACUGGAAUUCAACACAAAUGGAAGUAAAACACUCACGAUAACAGAGACUGAAGAACCGCCUCAAAGUUCUAGUACAACACCACUAUCAAGUGAAAUUUGUCAGAGUCAAACAUCGGAUGGAAAAGAGGUUGAGGAAGGAAAGGUCCAAGAAAAUGUCAGCAAUGCUGGUCAGUCUCAAAGUACGACUAUUAUCGUCACCUCAGUGGAAGACCAGCUCAGUGGCUCGAAUGUGCCUUGCGAUGGACCAAGUGGCAGCAGCACAACACAUGGUGCCAGCCCAAGCCCUUACAAUAGCUCUUCACAAAAUUCUCCAACUGAGUCCCCCAGUCAUAGCUCCCCCUUGGCCACAGAUCCACCAUGUCAGCGAUUAACACCUGAUCAAGACAUCUCAACUGAAACCAAACCACCAUCCCCUGUGCAAGAUGGAUACCACACACCAACGUUUCCCCAAGCAUCCUAUUACUACACUUUGUUAAAUGUCCCCCAUGUCCCGUACACAGGCUAUACUGCCAUUACAAUCCCCGCCAUUCAGCCACCACUCCCCGAGAAGAAGCGACUUUCAUCAACGCCGGGAUCCCUUAACGGGCAUACUACUCAUCUACGAGGCUCUCCGGUUCCUUCACCGACGCACAAUGUGACUUUGUCACCAACUACGGCAGAGCAGAGACCGUUCAGUAGCAGCAGGGAGGACAUUAGGGUCAAUGCGAAGUUUGUCCAAGAUAGCUCAAAGUACUGGUACAAACCGGGCAUCUCCAGAGACCAAGCCAUAGCAGUAUUGAAGGACAAGGAGCCAGGAACUUUCCUCAUCAGAGACAGUAAUUCGUUCCAAGGUGCCUACGGCUUGGCCCUCAAGGUGGCCACGCAUCCCCCGAAUGCCAACAUUGCUGGUAGUAAAGCAGAUGUCCUGGAACAGCUAGUGAGGCAUUUCCUCAUUGAGACAGGGCCGCGGGGAGUCAGAAUCAAGGGCUGUCAGAAUGAGUCAUAUUUCGGGAGUUUAUCUGCACUGGUGUACCAACAUUCAAUCACACCCAUCUCUUUGCCUUGUGCUCUUCGCAUCCCAGAAAAAGAUCUGGUUGGAGAUCUUCAGGAGAUCCGGUCUGUAACAAACACAAGCACAGCGGCUGAUCUCCUUAAACAGGGAGCAGCUUGCAACGUUCUCUACCUGAACUCAGUGGAAACUGAAUCAUUAACUGGACCGGAAGCAGUUUCAAAAGCAACCAAAUGUACACUGGCUCUGAGUCCACGCCCUGCAGCAACAACUGUUCAUUUUAAAGUUUCAUCUCAGGGCAUCACUCUAACGGACAGCAAAAGAAGGUUAUUUUUCCGGAGGCACUACCCCAUCAGCAGUGUAACUUUCAGUAGUCUUGACCCUCAAGACCAGAGAUGGACUAACAGUGAUAGCACGUCCAGCAAGAUGUUUGGUUUUGUGGCCAGGCGGACGGGCAGUGCUACAGAGAACGUGUGUCACCUUUUCGCAGAGCUGGAUCCAGAGCAACCUGCUGUGGCCAUCGUCAACUUUAUCAAUAAAGUUAUGCUCGGACCACAACUACGCAGAUGAAACAUCUCAAAACACUUUGAGAACAAAGUGGGAGGUUUACAUUAAUUUUUGGUACUUACACCAGAGUAUUAGACAAAUACAAAUAUGAAUGAUUUUAUUUAAUGACUUUUUUUGUAGCAGUCAUUUUGAAUUGGUAGGUAAAUAGUACCAAAGAGGACCUGCAGAUCUUGUGAUUGUGUGGCCUUGAUUGUUGAUUUAUGAUGGAUUUCUAUUCUGCAAUUUCUCGAUUAACUUGCUCCCCAGAGAUUAGAUUCUUUUUUUUUUUUUUUUGGUUACAAGUAAGUGGAUGUUUAAAUGUGAUCGGAAUUACACACACCCCAAAAAAGUUAAGCAUUUGAGUCACAACACCAAGAGAACCAUCCACUGCACAGUAUAAAAUAAACCAGGAAGUACCAAAACAAACACUGUCCCAUAUUGAAGGACAGUGAGGAAAAUAAGUAUUUGAACACCCUGCUAUUGUGCAAGUUCUCCCACUUAGUAAUAAAAAUCCAGAAAUCACGGUGCAUGACUUUUUAACAAUUCAUUUGUAAUUAGGGCUGCAGCUAUCGAAUAUUUUAGUGGUCGAUUAAUCGUUGGACUAGUUAGUUCGAAUAAUCGAGUAAUCGGAUAAGGAACAUGAAAAAUUAAAAUACUUGGACUGAGCCUCAAAUGGUAUAAUUUUUUUUCAUGUGGAUCUAUGUACAACAAAAGAACAAUUGGCUAACUUACACAGAAAAAGUCCGCUAGUUUAAAUGCUAUAAAAUGCUAAAGUUUUUCUUACAAUGGUCUUAACAAAUGGUUCUGACACAUAUUCCCACAAAAAACGGCUAAAUAUACCUAUAAACUAAAUUAUGAAUCCAUUCAAAAACAUUAGCUCAAACAAAAACUUAGAUUACGUUGGUCUUUACAGGGAGCAGUUGGAUUCAGCCAUGUGAAAAGAGGAAGACCAGAGGGCAAUGUAUCCACCCUAAUCAAUAAAACUAAAUCCAAACACUUUCAAAAUAAACCAUUACAACGCCACUGUUUUAAACUAAUACUCGAAGCAACAAAAUUUAAUUUGAAUAUUUAUUUCUAAUCGAAUACUCGAAUUAAUCGAUUAAUCGUUGCAGCGCUAUUUGUGAUAUACUGCUGCAAAUAAGUAUUUGAACACCUGAGAAAAUCAAUGUUAAUAUUUGAUACAGUAGCCUUUACUUACAGUUACAGAAAUGAAAUGUUUUCUGUGACCUUUCACCAGGUUGCACAGAGUGCAGCAGGGAUUUUGCACCACUGCACCACAGAUCUUCUCUAGAUCUGUCAGGGCUGUCACUGAGAAACACGGAGUUUGAGCUUCCUCCAAAGAUUUUCUCUUUGGUUUUAGUCUGGAGACUGGCUAGGCCUCUCCAGGACCUUGAUAUGCUUUUUAUGAAGCCACUCCUUGGUAAUUCUGGCUGUCUUCUUCAGGCCAUUGUCAUGUUGGAAGACCCUGUAAAACCCAAUUUCAAUGCUCUUGCUGAGGGAAGGAAGUUCUUCACUCAUCGAAGGGAAUGUCGUUGUCAUCUUGUGUGUCGAUGAUAAUUAAAGGAAAUCUGAGUCUGAUCCCAAAAAUCUCACAAUACAUGGCCCAUGUGCAGAACCCCCCCAAAGCAUGAUACUACCACCCCUGUGCUUCACAGUAGGGAUGGUGUUCUUGGGAUGGUACUCAUCAUUCUUCUUCCUCCAAACACCAUGACCGGAAUUAACACCUAAAAGUUCCAUUUGAAUCUCAUAUGAUGACAUGACUUUCUCCCAUGACUCCUCUGGAUCAUCCAAAUGGUCAAUGGCAAACUCAAAACGGGCCAAGACAUGUGCUGGUUUAAGCAGGGGAAUCUUAAUUUUAAACCAUGGCGUCUUAGUGUAUUACCAACUGUAACCUUGGAAAUGGUGGUCCCAGCUCCUUUCAGGUCAUUGACUAGCUCCUCAUGUGUAGUUCUUGGCUGUUUCCCCACCAUUCUUAGGAUCAUUGAGACCCUACGAGAUAGAUCUUGCAUGGAGCCCCAGUCCGAGGGAGCUUGACAGUCAUGUUUGGCUUCAACCAUUUUUUAAUAAUUGCUCCAACGGUGAAUCUUAUAUCACCAAGCUGCUUGGCAUUUGCCCCGUAACCUUUUCCAGCCUUGUAGAGGUCUACAAUUCUGUCUCUGGUGUCUUUGGACAGCUCUUUGGUCUUGACCAUGUUAGUAAUUGGAGUCUUCCUGACUGUAUGGGGUGGACAGGUGUUUAUAUGCAGCUAUCCGCUUCAAACAGGUCAAAAAGUCGCAUUCAGAAAGUCUUACCUCCACUCCACUUAUUCGUUGGACUUUUUAAAGGCGACCAACAGGUCUUUGAGGCUCACAAUUCUAAUAGACAGAUGUUCAAAUAUUUAUUUACAGCACUAUAAUACAUAUAAAUUGUGAAAACAAUCAUACACUGUGAUUUCAGGAUUUUUUUCCUUUAGAUUGUCGUUCACGGUGGCUAAGCACCUACCUAUAAUUUCAAACCCGCCAAUCAUUUCUAAGUGGGAGAACUUGCAAAAUCGCUUGGUGUUCUUAUACUUAUUUUCUUCACUGUAUGUACUGCUGCUGUAGUAAUUAGAACACUGUUAAAAUAUUAAAUGUCAUAGUGGGUUAAGGCUUUUCCACAGCACCGUAUAUCUACUGGUAAUUAUCAUAAGUGUUUGUAGCUAACUUUGAGUUUGCAUUUAUACAGAUGUGCUCAACUUUCAUGAUAGUGCGCACACUGCGUUCUAUCUCAAAAUAUAAUUUAUGGUUAGGUUUAACUGUAACAGUUUCAUACUGUACAUACUGGUUGGUACUUGUGACAAAAAUUGUAUUCAAGUUGAAGGGAUGCAGAAUGCACUAAUUCAUCACACAUAAGCUCAGAAAAGAUUAACUUAGUAACAAAAACAUAAACAGAAUAUAUAUAUAAACCUUUUUGUGAUUGGGGGUAAAAAAAAACUAAAAUCCUUAAACCUGGAAUGUUUUACAACCGGGGACGUGUGUCACAAUUGGGUAAGGUCACUUUCAACAGAGACGUUACCUCACUUUGUCUAUGCUUCAGAAUGAACGCACGUGGUUAUACAUAAACUGUUAUUAUUAUUUGUUUUAAUUAUUCCCACAAAACAACCAAUAUCCUUGGUAACAUGAACUCAUUCAAACCAAAGACAUGAAGUGUAAAAAUACAUUUCUAGUUUGAUUUUUAUUCAUUUUUUCACUUGUGUGUUUUUUACAAACAGAUUGAUUUAAGCACAAAUGCAAUUUUUGUUUGCUUGUUUUUCAAAGGAGUAAUAUAUUUUAUAGAAUUGUGUGAAAUAAAAUGUUGCGAAAAACACAAUAUGUGUAUGUCUCAUUAUUAAAGGGACCAGAGGUGGGUAGUAACGUGUUACAUGGACUCCGU